CCACAACCUUACGCACACAUAUCAGAGUUAUUAGAUGGAUAGAUUUGUUAUUUGAUCUUAUUAUCGGCGGCGUCCUUGUGUUCAAAUAGCCAUCAGUGAAUCGGUUUGUACACGGACGCACGCGCGCGCGCUCUGGUGUUGUGGAAUGCGCGUAUAUCUUCGUACAUACCAGAAACACCAUUCUCGUGAUUAUGAAGUACGGCGGAGGCUGUGUUGAUAGGUUGGCUUUCAGUGAGCAUUGCAUCUUCGGGGUUUACAAGUUUGCAGUAUAACAGACAGACGGAUGAGAGAAGUUUUGCAAGUGAAUAUGGCAUUUUCGUCAUUCCCACUAUCUACACUGAUUACCCUGCUGCUUCUUGUGGCAUCUAUUCAGAGCAACUCCAUGUAUGAUGAUGAUGAAGAUCCUUUCCAGCCAGUGACUUCAGAUGAGACAGUGGCUGAGGGAGGUACGGUGACUCUGACAUGUCGUGUACCUGAGACAGAUAAUUCAUCCCUUCAGUGGUCCAACACUGCACAGCAGACACUCUACUUUGGAGCUAAAAGAGCUUUAAGAGAUAACCGUAUCCAGCUACAUAAGUCCACACCCACAGAGCUGUCAAUCACCAUCUCCAACGUGCAGCUGUCAGAUGAUGGAGAAUAUACCUGCUCCAUUUUCACCAUGCCUGUUCGGAUUGCACGGGCCACUGUCACUGUACUUGGAGUACCUGGGAAGCCAGUAAUAACAGGUUUUGAGGAUCCUGUGCAGGAAGGAGGGGCUGUGACACUUACCUGCACCAGCACGGGUAGCAAACCUCCUGCUCUACUGUACUGGUAUAAAGGACAGGAAAAGCUAGAGGCUCGUCCAAAUGUGGUGGAGUCAAACCCCAAUGAGCCAACAUACACGGUGACAAGUGUGCUCACGCUGCGGGUGACCAGGAACGAUAACAAUGCCAUGAUUGGCUGUGCUGUGGACCAUCCAUCCAUCACCAAUGGCGAGAAAAGAACAGAAAAGCCUUUGAGUGUGCUGUUCUCCCCAAGUGUCAUGAUUAAGCCUGAGAGUGACCUGCCCCGCGAGGGAGAAAGGUUUUCUCUGCAUUGUGUGGGGAUUGGAAACCCUGAGCCAUUGUCAUUUAUUUGGCAAAAGAAAGAUGCAGAAUUCCCCCCACAGGUGAGGCCUGAUGGUGCAUUCCUCCGUUUUGAGGCCCUCAACAAAUCCGAUAAUGGAGUUUACUUGUGUCACGCAGACAAUGGAAUUGGCUGGAAUGAGGGAUCCUACACUCUGCAGGUACAAGACCUGAACGAUUCCAACCCUAUGUUCUCCCCUUUCUUUCCCUCUACCUCACCCUCUGAUUCUCUUUUUUCAUCUCUCCUUCACACUCAUUCUCCUUCUUUUGCUUCUCAGUCUAUUAUCCAGCCCUUUGGUGAAACUUCUACUAUUGUAUCUUCCAUUAUUCCAACUUUGUCCUUGCUCCCUUCAUCCACCAUUUCUUUUUCUUCCCCUUCACUGAAUAUAUCUUCUUUUCUCUCCCCUUCAUCAUUUCCAUCAUCUUUUAAUUUUUCUUCUACCUCUUCAUUUCUUCCUUCCUCCCUUUCUCUUUCUACAACUCCCUCUUCUUCUCUUUCUCCUUCCACCUCUCUCUCAUCUCUUGUUCACACCACUACAAUCUCUAACUCCCUGAUUCCUGACCUCCUUCCAUCCCUCUCCUCCUCAUCUACCCCUCUAAUCUCAUCCCCACCUUCUUUCACUCCCCCUUUUAUCACUCCAUCCACGGUUUCCUGGCUGAAUGGCGUGUACAUUACAGAAGAUGCUGAAGACCCCACAGCAAUGUCCACUUCAUCGGGUGUUGAUCAUGCUGUGAUUGGUGGAGUGGUGGCUGUCAUUGUCUUCAUCAUGCUGUGCCUCCUCAUUGUCCUUGGCAGAUACCUCAUCAGACACAAAGGUACAUAUCUGACCCAUGAAGCAAAGGGCUCAGAUGAUGCCCAGGAUGCUGACACAGCCAUCAUUAAUGCAGAAGGUGGCCACUCUGGCAUUGAGGACAAGAAAGAAUACUUCAUCUAAGCAUCCCUCCUUCGCACAUCUUUUCUUUCUUCCCUUGCUUCAGUUCCUUUCAGUCGGAGGAAAUUUAAAAUGACGAGUAAAAGAGUGAACAAAAAUCAAAAAUGUGAAACUGAAGAAAGCAGAAAAAUGAUCAGUUUCAGGCUGUUGAAACCAGGGAGUUUGCACUGACAUCAGUAUUCAACUGUAUACACACAAACACACACAUGUGAACCCACACACACACACACACACACACACACACACACACACACACACACACACACACACACCCAUAUAUGAUCUCAGAUUUAUGCCUGUCCACAGUCACUUCAUAUGCCUCCUAGUUUAUAUUGAACAAAGGCAAUAUGAUGACUAGAACAUAUAACGCAAAGCAGAUACAUGUAGAAUUUAACACAUACACAUUUUCAACUUUCUAUAGAUUCAGUUUUAUUUCCCACAUCUACACAUAUGACAUGCACACACACACACACACACACACACACACACACACACACACACACACACACACACACACACACACCUACACAAACUCAAUGCAAUCAUGCAAAGCAGCUUCUGUGCUGUUACUGUAUGGAACCCCAGAAUAAAUGUAUAGAUAUAUAUAGAUGAUUAUAUAGCAUUGUUUUUACUUGGGAGAACAGGUUCUGUGUGGUGUAUAUAUACUCAUGCUCUCUCUUCCCUCACUCUUUUACCUCUUUUCCCUUUCUCUCCAUCACUCUUUCUAACCUAUAUAUGUUUUUCUUAUUCUCUCUGUCUGCAUUUCAUUGUCUCAUAUUAUAUAAUAUAGUCUAAAAGCCUGCCUGGUUUUCUUACAUGUGUGAAAAUGCAAGCUAAAAAAAUCAAUAUAUGGGGAACAAAAAAGUUACCAUGAAACUGUCAGUACUACAAAUAUUGGUAUGAUUUCUGUUUACCUCCCACUGAGUUUCUGGUGUAACUGUUGGUGGCAAUAUUCAGUGUCAGCUGUCAUCCCGGGACUAUCAUUAUUAUUAUUAUUAUUAUUAUUAUUAUUAAUCAAUGAAAUAAAGACCCUUUUCUUGUUAGCCCAGUACUUGCAUCCCAUAAAUAUCUGUGAAUUCCUGUCCUUUGAUGACAGGUGAAUGAGCUAAAGCAGGGUACUGCAUGUGCAAACAAAACAAAAGCAAGAUGCUAGACUCUUCUGUCAACUGUACUUUUUCACUUUAUUUUUUUUCAACUAUCUUUUUUUUGGAGGUCUCCCUAACAGUGUUCUAACCUAGUUUUAGUCUGCGUCUUAUUAUUAGUAUUUUGUCUUAUGUCAUACUUUGACAUACUAGAUCUGAUCACUCCAGUAUUAUUUUGCAGCUAGCAUCAUUAAGGCUAGAAAUGUUGAAAUUGAUUGUAUGACAAAUAUCAAGCUGAGAUAUUAACCAAAUUGUGCAUCUCACACAUGGCCAAAGUUCAUGUUGUAAGAGAAAGAGACAAUAUAAUAUGGGAUUAUCUGAAACUCAGUGCAUUCAUUGGGUUAGGUUCACAUUUAUUUGUGAAGUGAAUGACUUAUAAUGUCAUAAAGGUCAAAUUAUUCCCACAUUCCUCUAAAUAGAGCUUAUUCUCUGUAGAGCUGAUCCAUCACCAAAAGAGGUUAAAGUUUAUAUAGACUCUACAAGUAUUGUCCAGUGUGAGAAUACAGGACCAUAACUCUUUCGGAAUUUGCAUUUAAUGUUUUUUUAACACAACAGAUCCAACUCUCAGGGCCAUGGUAAUAACUGAUGAGUUGAACAAGGUGUGUUAAAAUUGGUUACAUUCAUUUAGAAAUGCAAACUGACAUCAUGCCUCCACACCCAACGUUUCCCAAAUUGGUGCUCAGGGACUUUACGUAUUCAGUAUUUUAUGUGGGUUGGUUCAGGUAUGUUGGGAGCUGCAAGAAAGCAAAAAGAAUAAACUGUCUGUGGACCUGGGUUUGGGAAACACUGCUUUAGACUUAUCAUAGAUCAUAUGUUUGCAGUUGCAACCUUUCACCACUAGAUGGUGCAUUUUGUUAGACAUCCACCUUAUCUUCAUCUUUCCUCUUUCUCUCUGGUACAGGUAGCAGUAUUUGCGAUGCACCUUAUGUUAAUGGUGGAUCAUUGCAGAGAUUUAAAUUAUGUUUAUCCAUUUUUCUUUUUGUAGCUCUGUAUACUAUUAAGUGUAAAUCGUUCUGUUUACUUUUUAUUGUAUGACUAGAUGUCAUAGAUGUUAUAGACAUCUAUAUUAAGGUGUAGAAUAGUAUAGUUUCUGUGACUAUUGUUUUAAAUCAGCCAUUUUGUAUAAUUUUAUGUAAAUAGUGUUGCCUUGAACAGUCUUCUCCUUACUGCAGUUGUUAAGUGCGCACUCACAUACACUGACCCAAUGAAAGGGUUUGAGAAUUGUGUGCGUUCACUUUCCUAUGUAAUAUGUUCAUCUCCAACAGGCAAAGAAAACACAACAUGUUGUUUUCCACAAACAUUGUUAAUUUGACUGUCUAUGUUAGCGCUGUUUUGGAAUGAGAAGUCUUCCUUUUCAAUAAAUAUUCAUAUGUCAUGGA